CCAUUUUUGACGACCAUACAAACCGAGGUCGCGAUUUUAGUUUUAAGUUUAGAUUUAUCGAUCAUCAUCACAAUUUAAAACAAAUGAAUUCGAAUCACAUAAUUAAUUGUUCGACAAAAGUCGAUUUGUUAACAUUUUAUCGUGGAAUGAUGUGCUUGUGUCAAGUGAAUUAAGUUUGAGUGUGUCUUCGUUAAUUUCACAUUCAUUAGCUUUUCUUAGAAAAAGCCAGGAAAUCAGGGUUAUCUCCAAAAAGAGCUGGCUAUGACUUAGGUCAUGCAAUAAAAAUGGAAGUAGUAAAUGACGGUAGGUAUGAGCAAAGAGAAAAUCUACCAGGAAGCAGCGCAGACAGUGAUGCCUCUAGCAGCAUUUUCGAGAGUAACGAUAGCAGUGACGACCUAGACAAAACCUCAGAUGAUGAGGACCUCAAAGAAGACUUGCAGAAAACAAUACCCGAAUGCUACAAAUCUGAUUCAAACUUUUCUUCACAAACACCCAGUGACAUCAAUGAUGAGGAGUUUCAAGCAACAGCUCUGUGCCAAUUUAUGGAUAUUUUAAACGAUUUGGAUGAAGUCCUGGAUAAAUCUUUACUGGCUUGUCUGGAUGAUGGCACCAAAUCAUUUGAUAGUGAUGAGGAAGAUCUGAUUUGCAAAAUCAAAGAGGUUAUUGGUAAUCAAGAAGAACCGUCGGAUGUCUCCGAGGGGCAGAGCUCUAUAGAAGACAAUACCCAAGUCGUAGUAGCACAGCAUGGUCUCACUCCUUCAGCCCCUCUGUUAGAAGAUCUAGAUUUUACACAAAGUACUAAUGAAAGACCAAGCUUCACCAGUUUUGGUAGGUCCAAAAGCUUCUCAGAGUUGUCUGGUAGUAACAGGCAAGCUUUGGUGUCGUCAUUGGAAAGAACCAGUGCAACAAAUAACAAUGUGCGUAAUUCCAUGAGAAGAUUGGAUCCAAUAGUUUUGCCUGCGGUCUCGGCGCAGGAGUCGUGCGAGCCGUUGACACUGCCAGUUAUUUUGUUUUUGGAGCAUCAUGUGAAUGUGCGGCCGACUAGCGCACCUAUACAGUUGCAAGUGACGGCCGCUAACUUGAGCGCUGAUGGGAGCUCGGGCCCUUUGAUCGUGGGUCGAAGGGCGCUGCUGAUGAACAGGACUCUUUCGCUGCCGUCGCCGGGAGAGAGUGACGUCACCACGGGAGACUGGACCGGCCGCAACACGGCUCGAAGCACGGCCAGGAGCACUAGCACAUCUAGCUCCUCGAUAGAUUCAUUGGCCGCUAUUCCGUCGUCAAAUCAUCUUGCUGCUGGUCUGAAUGAUGAGAGAAUUGAUGAGACUGAUGAACCUCCUUUUGGAGUGUGGCCUCACAGCAUGAGCGCUAUGCUGGCAUGUCUUAGCUGCACUGUAGGCAUAUUUAAUAUUUCAAGGUUUGCUAUUCUCAGUGUUCAUUUCGGAGCGAGCUUUAUAAUACAGUUUUUUGUAUUAUCAUUAUUGAUUGGCAUACCACUAUUCACAUUAUACUUAUGUUUGGGCCAAGUACUAGAGUCGGGCCCUGUGGAUAUGUGGAGAAUAUCGCCCAUAUUUCAAGGAGUUGGGGUGUCAUUGCUCAUCAUACAAGCAGUAUUGGGUGUCUAUAGCAUAAUAGGACUGUCGUGGAUAUUCGUGUACUUCAGAGACUCUUUUAUUACGUCAGAUGACAAAUACAAAUGGGCACUCCCACACGAUUACAGUUUAGAAGAGCCUGGCACAAAAAACGGCACAUUCAAGAUACAGGAGUCUUUGCCGCAGUAUUUCCAAGGGGAGGUGCUACAAAGGAACAUCGGGUCCAAUACCUCGAAUUUCGGCUCAAUAAAGUUUCAAGUCGCAUUCAAUUUAGCUGUAGUGUGGAUGAUUGUAUUCGUCUCUCUUAGCAAAGGGUUGCGGUCAUAUGGAAAGGCUGUUUACAUGCUGAUAUUUUUGCCCAUAUGCGGCACGCUUGUGUUAUGCACGAAAUUACUUACGCUCAUUCCGUACGAUACUGUGACAAAUAUUUUCUCUGAGACUGAGUGGAGUGAAUUCUUUAUCAACAGUAACAGUUGGGCAGCGGCGGCUCAAGAGAUAUUCUUAACUUGGGGGUUAUUAGGAGCGUGUAUAAUGCAGUUAACAUCGCACAAAAAUGCCAAGAACAAGACUAGUUCUAUGCUGCAAAAGGAGAGCGCGUGCAUCGUGGCCUUCACCUUCGCGGUUCUGUUGUUGGGUGCAUUCCUCGCGAACACUUGUGUGCAAAUAUUGAAGAACUACGGCUACGUUUACAUACCUGGCAGUUAUGAAACGGUUAAAUCAUCGCAAUUUCUGUGGCCGAUGUCAGAACCAAUGCCAGGGAACGUGGUUUCAACGCCAGUACGCUACAUGGGCCACUAUAGCAGCUUGGUCGGGGUGACGGUGUGGAAGAAUGGCAACACCGCUCGAACUAUCAGCGGGUGGCAACCGCUGCAGCUGGCAACACAGGUCGUGCCGGCUACGCUUGCAGUGUUGCCCGCUAACGUUCUGUCCCCAGCAUGGGCGGUGAUCUUCUACUUCAUCCUGAUAAUGUUCGGCAUCGCGCAGCAACUUGCCAUAUGGCACUGCGUCAUCACAGGCGUCAUGGCAAUCAACGCGCACGCGCUGCGGGUUUGGGAAACUACCAUCACGUUCCUAAGCUGCGUAUUUGGACUGGCUAUGGGAUUGCUGAUCAGCACUGAUGCCGGCAUAAAGAUAGUCCACUUCAUAGACUACGUGUGGACCGGCUCGUGGUGGCAAUGCGUGAUCCACAUCGCGCUGGUUUGCGGCGUAUUCGUGGUCCGCGGCCGGCCCUAUUCUCCAGAUGUCGUGGUCGCGGCGCUAUACUCGUCCCGGAACAGAUUGUCGGCCACGCUCGCCGCGCUACUGAGCUUCACGUGGACUGUGGUGCUGCCGGUGUUAUUGUGCACCAUCUGCGUCAUGGAUUUCCGUGUGGGGCAACAGCGUCAACUCUACAGCUGGCGAAAACAAGCUGGAUAUUGGCCGAUAUGGACCCGUCAACUUGCCGUAGCGUUACAACAAGGAUCUCUUCUAUUGAUCCCCGUAGCCGCAUUCGUACAAACAUGGCGCUACAUGAACAAAGGACCCCCAGAUAUACUAGAGCGCAUCCAAAACCUAUACCGGCCUCGUAUGGGCGCGGACACCAGCCCGCCGCCCGUGGGGCCGCGCCCGGCCCGUGCUGCGCCCGCGCCCGAUCCGCCGCCCAAAUACACGCCCCCGCCUUCGUAUUCUACUGCCACGGGGGCGCGCCUGCUUAAUACUAUUAGGAGAAGCUUCAGGACCUUGAGAAGGUAAGAUUUACUUGUCAAA